AUGCUCUGCUUUUCCCCAACAGGACAGACUGCAGCUCCCACCACCCCACCACCUUCAUCACCAACACCAUCACCAGCCUCAAGUGCACUACAAAACUCUCUGGCUCCCGAAGCUGUUCCUCCAUCGACAACAACGGAGAGGGAGGAAUCCUCAGCAGCAACACCGACCGCAACUCUCCAGUCCUCAUCUACCCAACCUGCCCCGUCACCUGUUGAUGUGAUCACUACAAAUUCAGCUCAGUCCACCAGUGAUGCUGAGGCCACCUCUACAGUUUCUACUCAAUCCACCGACCUAGUGACAGAAAGGCUGGGAGUAACCAGUAACACCAGUACAGUCGUAGAUCCAGCUUCAUCACCAUCAAACACCUCAAUUUAUUCUUCUACCAUAUCCGCAUCUAACACAGCCGAGCCAACCGGCUUUACUUCAGGGCCUGACCCAACACCUGUGACCCAGACUACACCAGCCCCCAUCACAACCACCACAGCCAGCAGCAGCAGCUCUUUAAAUAAGGACACCGUCUCCGUCAGCCAGAAUUCUUCAGGUCUACUGUUGUGGGGUGCAGUGACAACACAGAACCAAAAUACAUCCUCAUCAACAUUAUCUACAUCACCCUCCCCAAUAACAGAACUCAGUCAAACAACUCAAGUGUACGUGACCACGCCGACCAAAGUCACCUCCCAGCCUGCAAAUGUGAAUUCACCAACUACUCAACCUGCCGUGUCAACUACUGAUGUCACCAAUAUAAAUCAUCCCAGUACAACUCUGUCCACCAACGAUACAACUCCAACAUCUACUUCCUCAUCCACAUCUACCACGACUGACAAACAGGACUCUAGCAUCAGCACCAGCAUCAGCCCUAGCACCAACCAAACCACCGCCGCCACCCAAGACACCAGCACAGCAAGUACCACCGGCCCCACCGGCCCCACCGGUACCACCGGCCCCACCGGUACCACCGGCUCCGCCGGCCCCACCAUCGUCACCCAAGGCACCAGCACAGCAACUACCACCGGUACCACCACCAGCAGCACCACCAGCAGCACCACCAGCAGAACCACCAGAAGUACCACCAGUACCACCAAAACCAAACCACCGGUAGAGGACAAACACGAGUCCGAAGAUCUGACCCCAGGAAGUAUUGCAGUCAUUCUUAUUGUGUCCGUCGUAGCUGUCGUCCUACUGAUUGUUGGGCUGUACUAUUACAGGAUGCGACGUAGAUCCUACGGUCCUCUUAUGGAUGAACGCGGCAAUUUGGGAAACUUCAGCAACCCCAUGUAUGACCCUUGAAUCUUAACUUUUGACCCUCCGACUCCAGAAGUGACCCCCUAAACCAAAAGUCCUCAGUCUGCAGAAGAAGACGCUCUGAUCAGGAUGUGUUCAUAAUGUGUGCGUAACGAGUUUGCGACGGUCACAUUUUACAACUGUGAGAUGCUGCCCGAUUGCUAGAUUGCAGUUUUUACUCAGGUAGCUUUUCAAACAGCUCUGGCUGCAUAGACACGGCGAAUAAUCAUUUUACCACAGCUGAAAGGUGUGGUAAUAUCUCUAACCAAUUGUAAAAAGAUGGCUAAAGGUGCAAUGUGUAAUACCUGGCCACAUGCUCAAACAAAUAGGGGGCAGCAUUUCACCUCUAUGAUUGGAUUCACACAAUCUAAAUUUACAACCCGUUCUCAAUCCCAAAUCGUCAAAUAAAGCUGUUUGGUCACAUUGCAUAUUACACAUUGCACCUUUAAGGCAGUAUUUAUUUAUUUUAUUUGAUAAUAGAUGAGGAAGA